AUGGUGUCUAAAGUACUAAAAGAGGCUCCAGAGGAGAGAUUCAGAGUCCUCCAGCUCUGCAGUCAGUGCCGUGGUUCUCCACCAGGUCUGAAAUCUGAGCCCCAGCCAACCCAUUCACAGCAGACGUUUUGGAAGGAUUCCUUUCUGAGAACUUUGAAGAUGGACAUCCAGACCCCACCCACACUCGUGCAGCUGGCAGGAGAGAGCCUGCUGAGGGACCAGGCCUCAGCCAUAGCAGCUCUGGACUACCUGCCGUCUGAGCUCUUCCCGCCGCUGUUCAUUCAGGCCUACCGUAGGAGAAUCCCGGAGCCCCUGAAGACGAUGGUGCAGGCCUGGCCCUUCACUGUCCUCCCUCUGGGGGGCCUGCUGCAGUUGCCUGGGCUCAUGGUCUUAAAAGCCGUGUUGGAUGGGCUUGACAUUUUGCUUGCCCAGGAGGUUAGGCCCAGGAGAUGGAAACUGUGGGUGCUGGAUUUACGGAGCACAGGUACCAACUUCUGGAGAAUGUGGUGUGGAGACAGCACCUGGAAUUGCUCAUGGAAAGUACCAGUGGCUGUGCACAGCUCCAGCCCCAACAAGGAGCACCCCUUGGCUCCCUUGGAGGUGUUCCUAGACCUUAACUUCAAUGAAAGGGACGACCGGGAUGAGUUUCUCAAGUACAUCAUCCAAUGGGCCCAGCAGAGGGAAGGGUUGCUACACCUGUGCUGCAAGGCACUGAGGAUUUCUGAGGUGCCCUUCCAGAGGGUCAGCAAGGUCCUGGAUAGGGUGAAGCUGGAGUGCAUCCAGGAGGUGGAAGUGAACUGCACCUGGGACCUGCCCACCCUGGGGACGUUUGCUCUUUACCUGGGUCAGAUGAGUAACCUGCAGAGACUCUCUCUCUCCCGCAUUCAGGUGUUGACAGAGGAGGACCAGGAGGAGGAGCAGGAGCGGGAAGAGGAAGAGGAGUUGGAAGAGGAAGAGGAGUUGGAAGAGGAAGAGGAUUGGGACAGGAAACAGCAGGAGGAGCAGCGAUCAUUUUCCCAAUUCCUCUCUCAGAUGCUCAGGCUGCGGCACCUCCGGGAUCUCAACAUGGAUUGUCCCUCCUUCCUCCAAGGCCGUCUAGACCAGAUACUCAGGUGCCUGCAGACCCCCUUGGACAAACUCUGCAUAGAAAAUUGCCAGAGGCUGACGCAUUCAGACCUGACACACCUGUUCCAGUGCCCGAACCUCAGGCAGCUGAAGUCCCUGCAUCUGUUUCACCUCAGCCUGGCGGAUUUUAGUCUUGAGCCCCUCCGAGCUCUGCUGGAGGCAGUGGCACCCACCCUCCAGGACCUGCGCCUAGAUAACUGUGGGAUGGUGGACUCCCAAGUCGAGGCCAUCCUACCUGUCCUGAGCCGCUGUCAGCAGCUCAGGGAGUUCACCAUCUCUAUGAACAACUUUUGCGUGGCCACCGUGGAGAAGCUGCUGCGCCACACAGCCGGGCUGCGCAGUUUAGAGCUCGAGCUGUACCCUGUCCCUCUGGAGUGUUACAGGAUCCAGGGGAUCCUCAACCAGGAGAGACUUGCCCAGAUCCGGGCUGAGCUCAAGGCGAUACUGAGGGAGUUAGGACAGACCAGGACCAUCUAUAUUUGCGGCAAGUGCUGUCACACAUGUGGCAACACUAACGUUUAUGACGUGGCAUUUUCAUGA